GUCCCUAUGCCGCGAGAGUAUGGGUGGAGUAUAGUUUAAAAUACAGUUUUAAAUGUAUCGAAAGGGAGCCCGGCGCGUGCUACCGCCGGCUCUGACAGCACGCGGGGAAAUGAAAUGACAGCGCGCGGGGAAAGUUUGUCCUGAAGGCUGCCGGGGCUGCACUCGCGCUGUUUCGGACCCUCGGCUAUAAAAUGGCUGGCUCUAGGUCCGAGGAAGCUCCGGUGCUAUAGGGAAAGAUCAGUUUCACACCGAGGCUGUCUUUAAAUAUUCGCGUUUCUUCACCCUGACUGAAGUGCUAGCGACGGCGGUGUCCCAGGUCCGAGAGCUGUCAAAGCGCACACGCACUGUAACCAUUAUACUGGCUUUUCGGACCUAGGACUGUGCGUAAUGGCGUCCUCCACGGAUAGUGCUUCUCGGUUUAUCCACAGAUAAAUAUUGAGAACAGGCUCGUAACCGCAAGCAAACGGAGCAGGCUUACAAGUAUUAAUCCAGUGCGAGUUUUGAAAUGAGAUGUUUUAUUGUCUGUGGUGCAUGUGGACGAUAGAAGUAGCCGACGAAAGAGGAAAUGUUUCGCUCACAUCUGUCAGUCCCGGUGUUGUUUCUGAAUGAUAGGCGACUUAUAUCGUGUGAGAAAUUCGCUUAUACAAAUUUCGUGUCAUUCAAGGAAGCUAUUCAACGCAAUUAUCGGGACGGUCUGAUGAUGAUGAUGAGGAGGAGGAGGAGGAGGAAGAGGAGGAGGGGGUUAACUGAGUCGUUCAUCAUGUCGCUGUAGGGAGUUAGGGGUUUAGUCUGCUUCAUUUACAGACAAUAACUCAGAAUCUGUGACUACUGGCGUUUGAACUAAACUUGACCCCAAAAAUCCCAUUUGACAAAUUUACUUUAACUAAAAAAAAAAAAAAAAAACAGAAAAGGCCUUUAUUUAUGUAAUCUUCUCCAGUUUGCCAUGAUAUGUAUAUUUUUUAUUUGUGCCUACUGUCAUUUUUCUACUAUGGGUUUCUAAUUUCUAAUUUUAUUCCUUUUAUGUAGCCUAGAAAUAUAAAUGGGUAUGCCCCAAAAUGGAUUCUCAGCUGGCUUCAGUCCUGACCAGUGGCAGCCUGGAUGUCCAAAAUGGCAGCCAGUGUGCAGAAGGAUCAGGGCCAGUGACAGAGGUUUUUUUGGACCACAAGGAAAACACCUCACCCUGUACUGUACCAGGUAACCUCCAGCCAUGCCCUGUCACAGCAGCACUGACCAUUAGGACAGAAGCUCCAUCAAUCAAUGGGGAAAAUCUGGAGGUGGGCGGAACUUCUAAGCCAGCCCUUCAGGAAACAAGAAGCAAGAUUGCCGGGUUGAGACAGCCUAUUACAGUCAAGACUGGAGUGCCUGUAGUGUGCAGCCAGCCAAUCAGACUCAAAAUUGUUGUCCCCACACAGUGCAAGAAGCCAAUCACAAACUCUGCCAUCAGCCAGACCAAAAACUUUGCUAGCUCACAUUUUAUAAGACCUGUUCCUGUCUCAGCUGAAGAAUUAAGAAACAAAAUAUCUGCUGAUAAGAAUGAAGAAGAAAUCCAGGAAGUUUCUCAUCAAAACAAUGAGGAUGCUAAACCACAAUCAUUCCACGAGACAGAGAAAGAGAGAGAAGAGAAAACCUGCAAAAAGAAAGAAGUUUUGAGUGGUGACAUCACACAAAACCAUAACCCAGAGACUCAUAUGAUCCCCUGCACUAAUAUGGAACAAAUCCUCACCCACGAAAGGAUUAAAGAGGAAAAUACAGAGCAAAAAAUUGAGAAUAUUCCUCUAAUUUUGCAAGCAAUUGAUUUAAAGUCAUAUGAGACUUUGGAUUGUGGAAUGGAAGAACAGACAGAACCACUGGAUCUUAGUUUGCCCAAGAAAAGAGACAGGAGGUGUGGACUCUUACUGGAUGACUCAGGCUGCGAGAGCUCGCUGAUCAUGGAGGUGGAUGAAUAUGAGGGAGAAGGAGACAGAGAUGUAGUUGAAGAGGACGAUGAGGGUCGAGGGGAGAACACUGUGCAACAUAUGGAUGGGAGAGAUACCCGAGGGGACUCUCUUCUGUCUCCCUCUUUCUUUUCCAACUCUUUCUUUGACUCCUCGUUGGUGGACUGUGACACUGAAGAUCUUCUUCUCAUAGACGACCAGGGAAUCCCGUACACUCUCGGUCUGGAUGGACUUAAAGUGCAGCAGGUCGACGCUUCCACGCCAGAGCAUCCUCAGUCUUAUCUGGCUAAUUUAGCAGAGGAGGAAGAAACAGAGUGGUCUCAAUCAGCAGAUCCUAGCAUCAGCCAAAGUUUGGAUAAAGUACUAAAUGAAACUUCAGGUGAUCUGUCCCCCUCAUCAGCCCCUGAUACAGACUCUCUGUCGCUACCUAUAGAUCAGACAACGACAAAGAACGAAGCCUUCGCAAGUUUGAUUACUAAAUCAGACCCGUCUGGACCUGCAGAACUGAGCGUUAAACCUGUUCAGGACUCUAGUUCUGUUGAGUCAGCUUCCACUGGGAUAUCACUCCCGACCCAGCCCAUUCAGAUCCUCACAAACCCUUCUACAAACACUCCUAUUUUCUUCCUGUCAGCCACUUCCUCCCCUCAGCUCUCUUCUGCUCCUGGGGGUCUAUCGCUUCCUCUCUCAGUCACACAGACCUCCCCAGGUGCUUCCACCUCCAUGUUCAUUCUCUUAUCAUCUGUACCCAGUACAUCCUCUGGUGACUCCGCCUCUACCUCCACCCCGAUUGCCGUUCUCGACCCCGCCACAGGUCAGUUGUCACAAAUCACGGCAGCCUCGGCUCCUGCGGUCUCCCUCCCUUUGCCCUGUGGUCAGCUGGGAUCACCUUUGCCCACACUGUCCCACCCCAUCAUCAGACUGAGCCCCAAUAACCCCCCUGUCAUCCUGUCAGGGGUAAAUAAUGUCAACUCUGGCUCUGUUCUCACCUCUCUUGGCGUGCAAUCGUCCUCUCCUGCUCCUCAAAAUGACCUCCACCGCACAACUCCCCUUCUCCAUACUCAAAUCAGCUCCUCCGAAUCAACCCCAGGAAGUGAAGCCAUAUCUGCUGAAGAAAUCUCUAAUGAAAACAACAAGCCAUCAACUUCAGAAUCCUCUGCUAGUACAACCUUGGAAAGCUUAGCUCAGCCAAGCUCAGAGGCCCAGUCACCUGCCUCGGAACCCAAAUAUGACUCGCCAGACCUGCACUCACAACACUUACCUCUGGACGACCAUCUUUACUUCUCAAACGCCGCCGCUCCUCCUUCCCCUCCCUUUGGAUCUAUCCUCUCAUCCGUCCAGGAUCCCCUGGACCCGCUGGAUCCCCUCUCUUCAGAAGAGUCCUCCAACAACGCCCGUAGGGUUCUGUACUGCCAGCUGUGCCCGCGUGUCUUCUUUUACCUCUCUGACCUUGAGCGACACGCCAUCACUCACUCACAGAAGAAGCCUCACGUCUGUCAGCAGUGCGGGAAAGCCUUCAAACGAUCUAGCCAUCUGCAGAGACACAAGCACAUCCACACAGGCCAGAGAAACUUUGUGUGCCCCAUCUGCUCCAAACGCUUCAGGGAAGCUGGUGAGCUGCAGCGCCACCAAAGGGUGCACACCGGAGAGAAACCGUACCAGUGCCAACUUUGCCACACCCGCUUUGCUGAGCGCAACACACUACGCAGACACACUAAGCGCAAACACCCUUACCACCAAGUAGCCAUGGAGAUGCUGAACGAAAGGAGAGCAGGCGGCCGAGGAGAGGGGGGAGGAGGUGAAGGAUCCAGGGUGCAGGAGGAAGAGGAGAGUGCUGAGUGGUACAGCUCCACUGUGUCAAACCUGGAAAACUCAGAGUCUGAGUUGGAAACUUAGAGAGCUGUCUGCACAGAGUCCAAAGUGUAGGAAGGAGAUCAGCAGGGUGAUCAAGUGUUAAACACUAAACUUUCCUCAUUAAUUCAAAGUCAAAGAAGGGAGCACAUGCAAUAUGUUUCAAUGUUUAUAAAAUAAUUUAUUUAUGAAUGUAUAGUAUUCCCAUUCCAUUUAAUGGUCCAAAUAUUCAGCCUUUUCAGUCCUUCUGAUGCUAAUUUGAGCGUUUAUGUUUUGGGUAAAAUUGCAUAAUUUAAAGGGAAAUCUCCUGCUUGUAAUAAUGAUUUUAGUUUGAGGUCGAAAUGCUUAUUUUGAUCGCAAACAAGAGGUGCAUUCCUAUACAAUCCAUAAUGAAAAAACCCUCAAGUGCUCAGAAAAGAAAGAUAACUGAUUUACUGUAAACAAUUCUCUGCUCUAGCUGUAAAUAUAUAUAUAGAGAACUGUUUUUAUUAGCUGCACUCCUGCACUAUAUGUGAAAGAUAUAAUCUAUCUUGUCACUGUCAGAGACACUGUGAGUCAUUUGCACAUGUUUUAUUUUAGAAAAAUAUAAAAAAAAUGUAAAUUGUGAAGGAAAAUACUAACUUUUUUGCAGCUGUUUAUUUUACAUAUUUAAUUCAUAUCGUGUCAGAGUUUGACCAAAUGUAUUGAUUGAUUCUCACAUGAACACUAUAUUGAGAUUUGUUUUGUUAAAUGUGAAUUAUGUUAACUUAUUUGAAUUAAACUUUAUCAAUUAAA